AAAGGAUAUAAAAGAAAGAAAGAAAGGAAUAUACUACGGCAUAAGAGGGAGGAUGGAGUAGGAGCAGCUUGGACUUGAAAUCCAUUUAAUUAAUUGAAUUAUUAUUUUCGAUCUUCUUCUAUCGAAAAUUCACCGCUUUUUUUAUUUUUCUGAUAGUAAUUGGGUUUGGUUAUUUGACUCAAAUCAGCAGAAAGUUGUUUUUUUUUUUCUUUCCUGGAGAUCAGAUUAGAUUAGAAAUGGCAUCAACAGAGGGUCUGGUGCCGAUAACCAGGAUUUUCCUGGCAUCUUAUUACGACAAAUACCCUUUCACCCCUCUCCCCGACGACGUUUCUCGCCUUUCCUCGGAGAUCCGCUCCAUGACCUCCGAUUUGCUCAAGGACUCUCCUCCCUCCUCUCAAGAUGAAAGCUUAUUGCUAAAAGAAUCUGAAGGAGAGUCUCCUCAUAAAAUUGAUGAGAAUAUGUGGAAGAACCGAGAACACAUGGAAGAAAUUAUCUUUUUGCUUCAUGAAUCUCGCUGCCCUCAGCCCCUUCAAGAUGACAGUGAACUCUCUACUGUUUUUAACAACAUAAGAUAUAAGUUUCAGAAGACUUUGAACGUAUUGCAAGAUUUCCAAGCUGUGAAUUCUGAUCAUGUGUUCAACACAGUCAUGACCUACAUGCCUCAAGAUUUUCGGGGAACGCUUAUCAGACAGCAAAGGGAGCGGUCAGAAAGGAAUAAGCAAGCAGAGGUUGAUGCGCUCGUUAAUUCUGGUGGAAGUAUACGUGAUCGAUACGCUCUGUUGUGGAGACAACAAAUGGAUAGGAGGAGACAGUUAGCACAGCUUGGUUCAGCAACAGGUGUAUAUAAAACUCUUGUGAAGUACUUGGUAGGAGUUCCUCAGGUUUUACUAGACUUCAUUCGCCAAAUAAAUGAUGACAAUGGGCCCAUGGAAGAGCAAAGACAGCGUUACGGACCAUCUUUAUACAGUCUGACAGCAAUGGUUCUCUUGAUUAGACUAUUCAUUCAACUUGCUUGGGGGAGAUUUGAGGCAAAAAAAUUAACCAGGGAUCAAGUUGCUGUCCUGGAACAAGCUGUUGAUGUCUACACUUAUGAGUUCAGAAGGUUCAUCACCUUCAUCAGUGAGGUAUUUGCAAAUUCCCCUUUCUUUAUUUCAGCAGAAGCUGCUGGUGCAUUAGAAGCUAGAAACAAUGAUGACUACAAGGAGAUAAAUGUUCCAGCUGGGAAAACUCACGAGGUUUCAUUGUCUGUGGAAUCAGUGAACUCAUACAUUGCUUGGGAUUUCAGUUUGAUACAAGGCAAAAUUAACAUGGAUAUUGGAUUUAGUGUGGAGUGUACAGACCCUACAGGGAAAAAAACUCUGAUACUACCAUAUCGACGUUAUGAGUCUGACCAAGGGAACUUCUCCACGUGCGUAUCUGGAAACUACAAGCUUAUUUGGGAUAAUUCAUAUUCUGCAUUUUUUAAAAAGGUCCUGCGUUACAAGGUGGACUGUAUACCCCCGGUUGUUGAGCCAGUGCAAUCUGCAGGUGAAAUGGAAGAAUAACUGUCGCCUCCUUAGCUUUAGCAUUUGCGCCAAGAUGCUGUCUCAUGGUGAUUUGGAUCAAAUUUAUUUGUACUUGUUGCCUUUUUUUAUUAUUUUUUAUCACAUCCGAUGAAGGAAUGCUGUGAAAGCUUGCUCAUGUAGUCGCUGGAUGAAUCCGCCACUACACUAACUUGUUCUAUGUUACCUGACAAUCAGUAUAACCCAUUCUAAUUAUUGCAAUC